GGAGGGAGAAAACAAACGGACCAAUUCCAGUCAUUUCUCCUUCCAUGGCUCUAUCUCGUUUCCUACGGCCCAAGAACAGGCCCCUUGUCCACCACCGUCCCCUUCCUCCGAUCCUCUGUCUCCUCAAUCGCCGGUGCUCCGACCUAUCGCCGCUGGGUCACCAACCCGACCGCAGAUCCCCACCCGCCGCCUCCAGUGACUGCAUCCGCCUCAUCAAAUCCUGCUCCACCAAAUCCCGUCUCCUGCAAAUCCACGCGCACCUUCUCCGCUCCGGCCUCAUCAGUGACCCCACCGUCUCCACCGCCUUCCUCUCCCGCGCGACCCUCGCCCCCGUGUCCGACCUCGACUACACCCGGCUCGUCUUCCGUCAAAUCCCGCGGCCCAACGUCUACCAGUGCAACGCCCUCUUGAGGGGCUACGCCGAGAGCCUCUCCAACGCGGAGACUCUUACCUUCUACAACCGCAUGCGCGAGCUCGGCGUCCGUGGCAACUCUUUCUCCUUUUCCUUCCUUCUCAAGUCCUGCGCGAGCAUCCGCUCCUUGCCCGGCGGCUGGCAGGUGCAUUGCAGAGUCAUUCGCGACGGCCACCAAGCCGAUUCUGUCCUGCUCACUUCCUUGAUGGCGCUGUAUGCUUCGUGCAAGGAGUGCGACGAUGCCCGCCGGAUGUUCGACGAAAUGCCCUUUAGAGAUACCGUGGCAUGGAAUGUUUUGAUUUCUUGCUACGCUGACAACAGCAGAAGUAAGGAUGCAUUGCACCUGUUCGACAUAAUGCUGAGUUCAGAAAAUAGACUGGAGCCAGACGAUGUCACUUGCCUGAUUUUGCUCCAAGUGUGUGGGCAAUUGGGGGCCCUUGAUUUUGGGGAGCGCAUUCACCAGUAUGCUUCUCGACAUGGUUACGAUCUCACUCUGACCGUGCAGAAUUCUCUCAUUGCAAUGUAUUCGAAAUGUGGAUGCAUGGACAAAGCUUGUGAUGUGUUUCAUGCAAUUUCACAUAAAACUGUUGUGAGCUGGAGUGCGAUGAUCUCAGGGUUGGCAAUGAAUGGGUAUGCGAGGGAUGCUAUUGAUGCAUUUGGAGCAAUGCAAAAUGCUGGUGUUACUCCUGAUGAGCACACUUUUACUGGAGUUCUUUCAGCUUGUAGCCACAGUGGAUUUGUUGAUGAGGGGUGGAGCUUCUUUGACAUGAUGAGAGACAAGUAUCGAAUAUCUCCAAACGUAUGCCACUAUGGGUGCAUGGUUGAUCUUUUGGGCCGUGCUGGUUUGCUUGAUCAAGCUUAUGAACUCAUAGCAAAGGAGAAAUGUGUUAGGUUGGAUGCUAGAGCCUGGAGGACCCUUCUUGGAGCUUGCAGGAUUCAUGGCAACACCGAACUUGGGGAACGCAUAAUAGAGCAUCUCGUUGAGUUAAAAGCACAAGAAGCUGGGGACUAUGUCCUGCUACUGAAUACCUAUGCAUUUGCUGGUAAUUGGGAUAGGGUAGCAGAAGUGAGGAAGUUGAUGAAGGAUGAGGGGAUUCAAACAAGUCCCGGUUGCAGCACUAUAGAAUUGAAUGGAAAGGUUCAUGAGUUCGUAGUAGAUGAUGAUUCACAUCCCCGAAAGGGAGAGGUUUAUCGGAUGCUUGGUGAGAUAACUAGUCAGUUGAAGAAAGCUGGUUAUGUCCCAAAUGUUUCAUCUGAGUUGCAUGAUAUGGAUAUGGAGGAUAAAGGAAGUGCACUCUCUUGUCACAGUGAAAAAUUAGCCAUAGCUUUUGGUAUCCUCUCAACACGUCCGGGUAGGACAUUAAGGAUUGCAAAGAAUCUCCGAACUUGUGUCGAUUGCCACAACUUUGCAAAAUUUGUAUCCUUUACAUAUAACAGGCUAGUGAUUUUUAGGGACCGGAGUCGAUUCCACCAUUUCAAAGAUGGUCACUGCUCAUGUAAUGAUUAUUGGUAGAGACUGAGAGGCUUUUGCUGCCUAGUUUGCAAUUUUACAGAGAGAGCAAAGUUAUAAUUCCAAUAUUA